AUGUCUACUGGAAAUCAAAUGAUCCACGUCCAUUAUCGGAGCAAUUCUCUCUUGCUCCUGGAUUCGGAUGAUAUAACCCCACUGUACACAGUGCAAAUCGGCCGUGAGACACCGCAAAUGCAAUUGGUUUCACUCUUCGAGCAGCAAGGUGAAGCUCCCAACGAUAACAACGGCAACACGCGCAGACUGUCCACCGCAUUAUUUAAGAUGCUAAGUACGGACGUGAAGCUUUCCAUUCGCGGGAAACCAGCUCUGAUGCAGCGAUCCAACCUCUUUUCUCGAUCGUACUGCUUCCGAAGCGUCGCUCUGGAUGGAGAAUCUCUGUUUUGGGAGGCUGAUGGGGCUCUUUCUGGGGAUUUUAAACUUGUCCAUAGGCAGAAUGGGCGAGUGCUGACACGGUUCCGGAACAAGGUAUUUUCAGCAGUAGAGGUUGGGUCAUUUGAAAUGGUCGGCGAACUAUCUGAGAGUCUCAAGGAGGAAAUUUUGAUCACUGGUUUGUCAGUGUUGGUCAUGGUCCAGAGUUUGAAUUUGGCUGGAAUGGUUUUGAUGGGAAGUGGGUAG